AUGUUUAUAACGCUUAAAAAAUCUAGGUAUUUCAAAAUAUCAGUUAAUAUAAUUAAAUGCAGACCGAGAUCCACUGUAAAAGGAAAUGUAGAAGUUGCAAGUACUUGUCCUGAGAUUUUAAGUUUUAACGAUAUCCCGGGCCCUAAAAGUUAUCCAGUCAUCGGGACGUUGUAUAAAUAUUGGCCAUUUCUGGGCGAUUACAAUACAGAAGCAAUAGAUAAAGCUGCAUGGCUCAACUGGCGCAAGUAUGGAGGGCUGGUGCGGGAAGAACCUGGUGUAAAGUUACUGCACGUCUACGAACCAGAUCUGAUAGAAAGCGUCUUCCGCCAGAAAGAACGGUAUCCAUCCAGGAGGAGUCAUGUUGCUAUGCAUUAUUAUCGUCUCAGCAAACCACAUAUUUAUAACACUGGGGGACUUCUUUCAACAAAUGGUCCGGAAUGGUGGAGAAUAAGAAGUGCUUUCCAAAAAAAUUUCUCCAGUCCCCAAAAUGCUAAACAAUAUAUAGAGCAAGUUAACAAUAUUGUUGAAAGAUUUAUUCAAUGGAUGCAGCUCAGUAAAAUAUCGCACCAUGACGAUUUUUUACCUUAUUUGAAUCGUUUGUAUCUGGAAGUAAUAGGAAAAAUUGCAUUCAACGAACAUUUUAAAAGUUUCACACCACAAGAGCUCGGUCCCAAAUCCCGCAGUAGUAGAGUUAUUGCUGCCGCAUUUGGUUCCAACAGCGGCAUUAUGAAGCUGGAUAACGGAGUGAUGUGGCGGUUCUUUGAAACGCCGCUGUACAGAACACUUGUCAAAUCUCAAGAAUGCUUAGAAAAGAUAUGUAUUGAAAUAUUACUGAAUAGAGUAAAUUUUUAUGAGAAAGAUAAAGAUGACUAUGAAAAAUCAUUAUUAGAAACAUUUAUCCGACUGCCUAAUAUUGAUUUCAAAGACUUAACUGGAGUCAUGGUGGAUAUUUUAAUGGCAGCUAUAGAUACGACUUCUUACAGUACAAGUUUUGCUCUGUACCAUUUAGCACGAAACCAAGAUUGUCAAAAUAAAGUAUUCGAUGAAAUUUCGGUGCUCUUCCCCACAGAGGAGACUAAAUUGAGUGCUGAUCUGUUAUCUAAGGCUAUUUAUGUUCGAAGCUGCCUUAAAGAGAGUCUACGCCUUAACCCCGUCGCAAUAGGUGUGGGGAGAGUAUUACAAAACGACAUGGUUUUGAAGGGAUAUAAGAUACCUCAAGGGACGGUGAUUGUGACUCAAAACAUGGUGUCAUCUCGUUUGCCACAAUUCCUUAAGGAUCCGCUACGUUUCAAACCAGAGAGGUGGAUUCGUGACUCGGAAGACUACGAAAACAUUCAUCCAUUUCUGAGCCUGCCUUUUGGCUUUGGACCUCGUUCAUGCAUAGCAAGACGGUUGGCUGAACAAAAUAUGUGCAUUACUUUAAUACGGUUGAUUCAAAAAUAUAAAAUAACAUGGAUGGGAGGCGAAUUAGGAGUAAAAACACUUUUGAUCAACAAGCCCGAUCAGCCGAUAUCAUUGUGUUUUACACCGCGAAUCAAGUGAUUGUCGCCUACCAAUAAUUAACUAUAGGUAAGAAGUUUGAAGCCUCAAUAAGUGUCACGCUUAAAUCAAGGGGUCCCCGAUAUCUGACGUCACCCAGACGUGACGUUUUAACUCACGAUCUCGGGGGCGCCCGGACUGAUACACUCAGGCCAAAACACCCUUUCCGAACGGCCGUCUAAGCCGAGGUCCGAGUCUCAGAGGAGACGUCCUUAGAGAGUCGUUCCGCCCAUCUACUCUGCUUCUGCCUUCGGGCCCCAUCAGGCGAUGCUUCUGCGCUCGCUCAAACCCUCCGGUGACGCCUCGGAGGUCCCCUAAGGAGCCUACGGCACUUACACAAUAAAAAAAAACAAGGUCUUGGAUUCAGCCCGUAAUUACCUACGUAUACGUACGUUACACAGUCGCAUGCGUUGUACGAGUCGGUACAAGUACCUAAUAUGCAACCAAUAAACUUAAAAACUAUUGGUCUAAUUUAAA